AGGGAGCAGAAUUCUGUCAAUGAGGGAGUUGCAGUUGAAAGCAGAGGAGAGCACACAGGUAGGGAAGAAGAAAAGCGCCAGAUGUUAGCAGAUCAGCUCCAGAGUAGGUUCCUAAAAACUUUGGUUUGGACCCAGCCAUUGAAGACCCUACAGACGCUUGCUUGUGACUGACAGUGAUGGGUUCACAGGGUCAAACACUGGCCUGGACCUUGUUUCCAGUUUUUCUGCUGGCAUUGACUUACCCAUCACACGGUUCCCUUGUAAAAGUCAACAAGGGUUUAAAAGUGAGACGGGGUCAGACAGCCUACCUCCAGGACGGUGACCUGCAGUUCCAUAUUCCCCGUCAGAAGGAUGCAUGCAAGGUGGAGGUGGUGUUAAACGAGCCCAUAACUCAACAAGUGGGAAAACUCAUGCCCCAGGUAUUUGAUUGCCACUAUCUGGCUGAUGAGGUAAAGUACGUCCAUAACGGCUGUCCAUUGUUAAAGAAGGACACUGUCAAGCUACGACUGUACAGAUUCACGGAUACGGAGACACACAUAGAGGUGUUUUCUCUCCACGUGGACAUUAUGGAACCUGAUUGCAGCAUCAUAAAGCUGGGGCCCAAAUCUCUGGAGGUUCCUGAAUUCUACGGUCUCUCUGAUACCGUGGAUGGCCAUGUGGUGUCCUUCCAUUAUGAGAGAAGGUCUAGUCUGGAGUGCAGCAUCUAUCUGAGUAGCCAUGACACCCACCUUCCAGCCCAUGGCCAACUGGUCACCGGAGAACCAGAUAAAGCUACGAAAAGAGGGGACGAGCCAGAGAGCUUCAUCCAUCUUCGCCAGCAGCUAGAUAAUAAAGCCAGAGCAAUGUGUAAAUCAGAAGACUGCUUGAAGGGUCUGAAGCGAGUGAAGUUCACCAAAAUUCCCUGUGAUGACUUCCUGGUGAUGGGGCUGAGGUAUCAGCACAUAGACCCUCCAUCUCCAGACGUAGACUACAUCGCAAUCAGACUAGAUCUCAAGGACACCAGGAGUGGCAGCGUAUAUCAGUCUGAAAAGGCCUGGAUUCCAGUGCGGAUAGUCGGUGCAAUGCCCAACCAGCCUCCCAAAGCGUCCUUCAUGUCCAUGUUCAUCCUGGAAGUGGACCAGUUCAUCCUCACUCCGCUCUCCACUGCUACACUGGACGCUGAAGACGAGGAAACCCCCAAACAGCUCUUGGUUUUCAACAUCACCAAACCGCCUGCGGCCGGCUUCAUCACCCAUCUGUCCGAUCACACUCGCCCAAUCUCUUCCUUUACGUGGCUUGAUCUCAAUGACAUGCUCAUUGGGUAUCAACCUCCAAACUCCUCACAUACCCAACGCAGGAAUUACGAGGUGGAAUUUGAAGUUCAUGAUUUUUUCUUUGAGAAAAGCCCGUCAAUGACUGUUCACAUAUCUGUAAGGAAUGCAGACACAAAUGCACCCAGAGUGUCCUGGAACAUGGGUCUCAGUCUGUUAGAGGGUCAGUCUAGGCCAAUAAUGUGGGAGCAGCUCCAGAUUGUGGACAACGACAAUUUAAAUGCUGUCCGGAUCAUCACGGUGGACGGUCUGCAGCACGGACAGCUCACCGUCAGAGGUGGAAAGGGCUUCAUGUUCACUGUCAACGACAUCAAAGCGGGCGUGGUUCGCUAUCACCACGACGACAGCGACUCUACCAAAGACUUCAUCGUCUUCCGCAUCACCGACGGGCCCCAUCAGACCCGACACAAGUUCCCCAUAAACAUCCUGCCGAAGGACGACAGCCCGCCGGUCCUCAUCACCAACAUGCUGCUGGAGGUGUCUGAGGGACAGAUGGCGUUACUGAGAGGCUCUACCCUCCAGGCGUCAGACCUGGACUCCAGCGACGACUACAUCCUGUUUAACAUCACCCGCCCCCCACAGGCAGGAGAGGUCAUGAAAAUGCCAACAUCAGGGCUCACGGGAUAUCCAGUCAGCCACUUUCUGCAGAAAGACUUGUCCCAGUCCAUGGUUUACUAUCGUCACCUAGGAAACAAGGUGUAUGAUGACUACUUUGAGGUGGUGCUGUCAGAUUUCCAUGACCCCCCCAACCUGUCAGAGCCUCAAGUGGUGAUGGUGCACAUUGAGCCUGUUCCAGACCAACCACCCAAAGAGGUUCCUGGCUCCAGUCGGUGUCUUGUGAUCAAAGAAACAGAAGUGGUCCAUAUAACACGGCAACAGCUUCACUUCGUAGACCAGGAGUCCCCCGACAGUGAGCUUACAUAUACAGUUACCACUCCACCUUUCUACACUGGUCCUCACAGCAGUCCAGAUGCUGGGAGGUUGUUCUUAGUUGACAGCGUACCCAAAUUCACCAAAGACUCCAACGCACCGCUGCUGAGGCUCUUCACACAGGAUGCAGUAAACUUCAUGAAAGUGGCCUACAUGCCUCCAGUCUUGGAUAUUGGCCCUUACCCCCAGUAUAUCCAGUUUGUUCUCUCUGUUACCAACCACCUGGGCAAAACGGUCACUGGGAUCUGCUUUAACAUCACUGUGAUGCCAGUGGACAACCAACCACCACAGGUUAUUACGAACCCUUUGACUGUGGAUGAGGGAGGGGAGUGCUGGCUUGGCCCUGAACACUUGUUGCUGUCAGACGUGGACUCAAUGGAGGAAGCCCUGCAGGUGGUGCUUCAGAGGGAGCCACAUCAUGGAGCUCUGCAGCUACGUGGACUCCCAUUAAAUCCAGGCAACUCUUUCACUGUGCAAGACCUAAAAAGCCUUAAAGUUAGGUACAAUCACGACAGCUCAGAAACUGUAGAGGACACCAUUGAAUUUACUGCAACAGAUGGAACCAAUUCAGGCAGUUUUGUCCUGAAAGUGAAGGUGAUUCCCGUUAAUGAUGAGGUCCCUGUGUUGGUUGCUGGUUUGAAGCCAGUUCUCAACUGUGCGGAGGGACAGCAAAUAGUCAUCACAGCUGAAUAUAUCUACGCUACUGAUGCAGACAGCAACAACGGCAGCCUGGUCUUCCUAAUCGCUCGGCAACCGUAUCAUGGCGUCGUUCUCCGAAACUCCGUUGUGGUUGAUAGCUUCAUCCAGGCAGACAUCACUGCAGGGAUCAUCACCUACAAACACACAGGAUUGGAGAUUGGACUCACUCCUCGCCAUGACACCAUCACAUUUGUUAUUUCUGAUGGACCAAUAGAAAACCUUCCUCUAUGCUGCAGUGAAGAAAAUCCCUCCAGGACCAGAGACGUGACCCAGCUACUUGCACAACAUAGUCUGCCUGUGUAUGACCUCCACAUCACAGUGUUUCCAGUUGAUAGCCAACCACCUUCUCUAACAAAAGGAGACAUACUUAUUGUGGAUGAAGGGGGGUCUUCAGCAAUAACUGCAUCUCAUUUGAAGGCCUCUGAUGUGGACACUGUUCAGGACCAACUGGUCUUCAGUCUGAUUUCUCCGCCCCAGUUUGGCUACAUUGAAAAUGUCCUGCCUAGUCCUGGAUUUGAGAAAAGCAACACGGGAAUAAGCAUAGCUUCCUUUACAUACAAAGACAUCAUUGACGGUCAUGUGAACUAUGUACAGUCCAGACACCAGAGGAUGGAGCCUACAGCUGACCAGUUCAUGCUCUGUGUGUCAGACGGCAUACACAGCUCUGCCCACGUCCCUUUCUACAUAAUUAUUAACCCGACCAACGAUGAGAUCCCACAGUUUGUGGCUCGUAACAUCACAGUACGAGAAGGACAAAUGAAGCAGCUGGACUCCUCAGUUUUGCAUGCAAUGGAUCUGGAUGUCCCCAAGAACAGCAUGCUCUUCAGUGUGGUCAGAGCCCCGCAGCAUGGCAGCAUCAUCACCCACAGCGGUGAAAACCCCGUCUACAGGAGAGGAGAAGCCAGUCCUCCAACCCCUGUGGUCGACUUCACAAUGACAGAUCUUUCAAAUGGAAUGGAUCUAAUGUACAUGCAUGAUGACUCAGAGAAUAUGGAGGACAGUUUUACCAUCCAGUUGACUGAUGGCAGGCACCAAAUCCAAAGACAGGUGAUGGUUAAAGUGCUGCCAGUCAAUGACGAGGAGCCUCGUGUCAUCAGGAACAAUGGAGUGGACGUGGAGCCAGGAGAAGCCAGGCUCAUUUCCAGCGUUACACUGUUUGCACAGGACAGUGAUACUCCUUCUUCAGAGCUCAGCUACAUAUUUGAUAGUGUUCCUACCCAAGGAAUACUUCAGCUUAAGGAAGGCCAGGAUUGGGCGACACUGACAGCGGGGAGAAACUGCUCCCAGGAGAUGGUGGACAUGAACCUUCUGCGCUACGUGCAUACAGGCCUGAACAGUGCUAAAACACAUGACGUCUUUGUCUUCUACUUGUCGGAUGGAAAGAAUCAAUCACCACGGCAGCACUUCCACAUCUCUGUCAAAGAUAUAGAAAAAGGAAAUAUUGCCAUCUUUGUGAAGCCAGCCAACGUCAGCCGUGGAGAUCGCGUGGUUCUCACCACAGAUGUGCUGUUAGCCCACGAUGGCACAGAAAAACCCGAGGAGCUUCUGUAUAUCAUCACCCACCCUCCGGCUCACGGACACAUAGAGUACAUCAAACAUCCCGGACUGGGCAUCUCCACCUUCAGCCAGAUGGACAUAGCAGCCAACCUUGUGGCUUACGUGCAUGACAACCGAGCCACCACACCCACAGAAACCUUUCACUUUGUUGUGAGUAAUGGUAAAACCAGCCGAAAUGGAAGCUUUGAGAUUGCAGUGGAAAUGGUGGAUCGCUUCCUGCCGUCUCUUACCUCCAACAAAGGCCUCUCCGUUCCACAAGGCUCCUCCAUGAUCCUGGGUCCUGACCGCCUUGCCAUGUCUGACCCUGACACUCCACCCAGCGCCCUGACCUUUGUCCUCCUCCAGCCUCCACAGUAUGGCAGGCUGGUUUUAGGUGGUGGAACACUAACUGCUGGCUCAAACUUCACUCAGAGAGACAUUCAGGACAUGGAGGUAACAUAUAAACAUGGCGGGGGGCCGUCGCAGAUUGACCGAUUUGCCUUUACUGCCUCUGACAGCACCAAACGGGGUUUCCUGGUGGACGGGCAGUUGCAUACUGAACCUGUGUUCUUCACUAUUCAGAUCAAGCCUUUGGAUAAGUCGUGUCCCAAGGUGGUGAAGCUGCAACCCCUUUGGAAAGUGGAACAUCUGGAUGAUGGACGACGCGGGAUCUUCGUGUCAUCUCUCGAGCUGAAAGCCCAAGACAGUGAUAGCAGAGAAGAAGAGUUGAUUUUCUGCAUUGUUCGCCAGCCCUACUUUGGUUACCUAGAAAACAUUACUACAGGUGGAUUUGUACCACAACGCUUCUCUCAGAUAGAGCUGACCAAGAGAACUAUUGCCUACAUCAUCAACCCAGACAUGGAGUCCCUCUCAGACAGCCUGGAGUUCACGGUGUCCGAUCCUUUAGGGAACACCGGGCCCUCUCACAUACUUGAAUUCAGCUGGUCCUCAGUGGAGCUGUCUCAGUCGGAGUACUCUGUGUGUGAGGAGCAGGGAACUGUCUCGCUGGACAUCAUCCGGACAGGGAACCUGGCAGAGUCUUCGUACAUCACUGUCCAGGUAAAGGAGGUGACUGCAACAGCUGGAAAAGAUUUUCUUAUAAGCCCCUCUUCCCUCGUUCAGUUUGAUCCAGGAGUAGCAAAGAGAAGCUGGAGAAGUGAGAUCAUUCAGGAUCACCUGGAGGAGGCGGAGGAGAUGUUUGAAGUGCUGCUGGUCUCCCCUCAAGGCACAGUGAUCGGCCGCAACAACAAGGCUCAGGUCACAAUCAAAGACUCAGGAAGAGGACAGCACAGGCGGAACCAGGAUCGGGAGACCCCUGUUCUUGGUGGGAAAGAGAUUCGUUCAGACACAUACCCUCAGCAUGGAUCCAUUCAACUAGAGAAACUUCCCCUUGGGACCGAAUCUGUAAUCUGGACCCGUGGCGACAGCAUCUCUAGGCCUGGAGCAGAUGUCCCAAAUUGGAAACUCAAAGUUAUGGACAACCCAAAGUCUAUUGCACCUUCAUCGGUUUUUCACAACGGGACGGACAUUGUUUACACGUAUCAUGGCAUCAUGCAAAUGCAAGUACAGGACGACACUUCCGCAUUGAGGAAGGGCAGAAAGGCAAACAUCCGUGUGAUCAGCAGGGGACCACAGCAGCAGAUGUCAACCGUGCUGACUAAGUCAAAGUCAGAUCCUCAAAAAAAGAGCUCAAAACCUCAAGAAACUGCACCGAAUGAAGGACGCGCUACAGCUGAUGACUCCAUGCCCAAGCCCUGUGUUCCAGAACUGAUGGGACUCCUGCAUUUCAACCAAACUACCAAUCAGCUCCUUCACUGCAACGGUGUCUCCUGGAGACCAUGGGCACCAACUGAUCAGUCACAGAUGGUGAAGGCCCAGAUGUGUCCUCAGGGCUGGACCUUUCAUGGUGGCCACUGUUACACCCUCAGCACUGACCACAAGGCCACAUGGAGCACAGCCAACAGGGCCUGCAGGGAGAGAUACAAAGGCACACUAGCAAGUGUUCUCUCUAAAGCCAACAUGGACUGGCUGUGGGACUUCAGCAGAAGAAAACCAUUUUGGAUAGGGCUGAAUGACAGGGACGGCAAAGGACGCUGGGAGUGGGCGGGCGGUGAGCCGGUCACCUACACUAACUGGAGAAAGACGCCCCCUCGGUCCAAAAGGAAGGGAAGCAAGAAGUGUGUCCUGGUGUGGAGACGGGCCAAGUGGCAAAUCAGGGACUGCAAGACGGGUAGACGUCAUCACUUUGUGUGUUCGAUAUGAACUUGAAUCGAACAGUGAACUCAGCAUCACAGCCGUGAGCCACUGUGUUGUUUCAAAAGGAGGAUGGACUGAUCAUCAGGAAAUUUAAACUGCAAUGCCGGAUUGCCGGAAAAAAAAACUUUCCAAUAUGGAUCAAAGGAAAAUUUGCUGGAACUGUUCAUAUCAUUUAUAGCGAGCAAGAAUCAUUGUC